AUUUGUUUACAAAGAGAUAGAGUUCUUUUGCUUUAUUGGAAUUCUACAUAUAUUAUAUCAUAGAGGUAUUACAUCUAUGAUUAUAUUGAAUAGUUAUUCAAGUAUAUCUUAGUAUAUACUUUAGACGUCGAUUGAAUGAUUAUUUAGAGAAGUAUUUGAAUUGAUUUGUGAAUUAUACCAGCCAAGUUUCAAUUAAAUUGCAAAACAGAAUGAAUUAUGGAUAUAGAUGUACAUUAAAUGGAGUAAAACACAUGUCUAGCCUAGAGACAUUAGGAUUUAUUGGUCUUGGUAAUAUGGGAAAUCACAUGGCAAGGAACUUGGUGAAGAAAGGACACAAAUUAGUUGUUUUUGAUGUGUCUAAAAAUGCUAUGAAAACAAUUGAAAACAUGGAGGGCUGUGAAAAUUGUGUACAGACAGUAAACUCCCCAGCUGACGUGGCAGCACAAUGUAAACAUAUUAUUACUAUGUUACCAGCCACACAACAUGUACAAGAGGUCUACACCAAUCGUGGCACAGGUAUAUUUAGUGCUAUACAAGAGAACAGUUUAUUAGUAGACAGCAGUACCAUAGACCCUGCAGCAUCACAAGAAAUGGCAGCUAUAGCAGCAGAAAAAGAUUCUUCUUACGUUGACGCACCUGUUUCUGGAGGUGUAAAUGCAGCUAGGGAUGCAGCCUUGACCUUCAUGGUGGGUGGAGCUCCUAGAAGUUUUGAAAUGGCACAAAAAUACUUGUCUGUGAUGGGGAGGAAUGUAGUGCAUUGUGGACCAGUAGGAACAGGACAGGCAGCUAAAAUUUGUAACAAUAUGUUAUUAGGAAUAUCAAUGAUAGGAACUUCUGAAGCAAUGAACCUAGGUAAAAAAUUAGGCUUGGAGCCAAAAUUAUUAGCCAAGAUUUUAAACACAAGCUCUGGUAGAUGUUGGUCAAGUGAAGUAUACAACCCUUGUCCUGGAGUAUUAGAUGGUGUACCAUCAAGUAAUAAUUACGAGGGAGGAUUUGGAACAGCUCUCAUGACUAAGGAUCUGGGUCUUGCCAAUAAUGCAGCUACAGUGAAUAAGUCCCCCAUACCCAUGGGAAGUCUGGCCCACCAGAUAUAUAGAAUCAUGACAAGUAGUGGCUAUGCUGGAAAGGAUUUCUCAUCAGCUUACCAGUUUUUACAAGACCAAGAAGAAAAAUCAUAAUGUGAUAUUAGGACAAUCAUAUAAUUUAAAUUUUGUUUUUAUUUGUACAGAAUUUUGAACAGUGUUCUAGAAGAGAUUUACAGUAAAACAUGAAAAAUUUAUCAAGAAAAAAAUAGCUAUCAUUUCAGUCAGGAUGCUUUUGAAUUCCUUAAAAGAAUACUUAUUUAUAAAAUGUUUGGUAUUAGCAAAAUAAGUUUGUUAAUUUUGGCUAAGUGGCAAGUUUGAGAUAUUGGUUACUUCAUUUGAUUUAUUUCAAGAUUUGGAUGAAUUUUCAUUUUUAAAUAACAGAAAAUGAAAUGUUUUAUCCAUCAUCCUGUUGACCAAACAACAUAACUGUUGUGAUAGUUGACAUUUUGUCAAAAGAAACACUAAAAAUCAUAAUUGAUAAGUGUUUUUGAAAGCUAUAUUUAAUAUCUGACCAAAAAAGAACCUUUGUAAUUAGCAUAUGAUAAUUUUGCCUUUUUGAAUAUUUGCCAUUGACUAGAUUUAAUGAAAGGGUUUUUCCUAUUUUUUAUCCAGCAUUUUUGUGAUCUUGAAUUUUGUAGACAUUCCUCUAUUUUGUACCAAUUUAGUUUGAAUGUAUUGACUAAGAAAUAAGUAAAAUAGAAAUAUAUGAAGAGAGAAUGAAGGUUUUUGUAUGGAUAUUUUCAAACUUCUGUGAAGUAAAGUAUGGAGAAACAAUUGCAUAGACUAGAAAAUACUAUUUGUUUAUAAGAAUUCACAAACUUAGCAAAGUAUUGUGAAACUAAAUUAUGGGUUAUAUUGAUAAUAAUUAUAAUACUAGAAUAAAAUGAGAUUUUUUGUAAAACCCCUGCUUUUGAGAUUUGCAGCAUGUAGUUUACAUCUGUUCACAUUUUAUCUUUAUUUAUUUUGGUGUAAUUUUUAUAUGUUUUGGGUUUGACUUUAAAUGAAUUUACACUUACCAUUAAAGAAGAAUUUUUAUA